AUGAGUGAAAUGAGAUUUGGCAUGGCCCGGGUCACCAUUGGUCUGGGAUUAAGGACAUUUCUAGUUGACCCCGCCUCUCCAUAUGCCCAGCUGACUUUUCCAUCGGGCGUUAAGUACUGCGUUGAGAGAGUCAAGGAGGGACAGGAUUCGAUACUGUGCACGGCAGCUCUUCUUGGACACACGAACUGCGUCAGGAUCCUCGUUGAAUACAGAGGCACAGACGUCGAAGAACUGGGCUCAGUUUCUACUGGAGGGCCUCUUCUGUCUGGAGUUAGUCCUUUAUGGUGCGCUGCUUUCGAAGAGCAUUACUGGGUUGUCGCCUAUCUCCUUUCUAAAGGCGCCAAUCCAAAUGGCAAUACAAGUUUCUACAGCACUCCAUUGCAAGCAGCUUGUGAGCUAGGGUACUUCCAUAUUGUCAGAAUCUUCUUGUGGAAACACGGGGCCUACAUCGAGGCUGCUGAUGACCGCGCUGUCACUUGUCUGAUGCUUGCUUCCUUCGGCGGCCAUUUGGAAAUCGUGAAGUACCUUUUGGACUUGGGCGCUGAUGUGAACAGCAAAAACAUAGAAGGCGAAAGCGCACUCCACGCCUGCGCAAAGGCAGGACAUCUGGAAGUAAUGAAACUGUUGCUGGAACACAACGCUCGGAUGGGUGCCGACUAUUCUGGAUUAACGCCUUUGCUUGUGGCCAGCUCUCAUGGUCAUAGGGACAUGGUAGAAUAUCUAGUAAGUAGAAAUGACCUGGUAUCUGCAAAGGAGAAAGCUGAUGCAUUGGAGCUACUUGGAGCUUCCCUUUUCAACAGUACGGAAGAUAUAGUCGCUACAGUUAAUUACUGGAAAUCAGCAAUCAAUCAGAGGUACGUCAAUGGCGCCCUCAUUUAUCCAAAAACCCAGGAUAAUUUGUCUUGUCCUUCAGAUGAGGACUUCAGUGAAGUCAACACCUUGGAGGAAUUAGAAAGUAUAGAAUUAGAUCCCCAAGAAGUUCAAUUGCAGGCCCUUCUCGUGAUGGAAAGGAUUUUAGGCCCUGGUCACUUGCAAACAAUGAAGAAUAUUAAUAAAAUAGGGAUUGCUUAUGUAAAUCGCUAUGCUAUAAAACGAUGCAUCAAAUUAUGGGCUCACGCCAUCGAUACGCAACGAAAUCAGUUGAAUCCACUGCACCAGAGUAGGCUGUUUCACUUCCGAUCAUUAGCCGACCUAUUUGGAUUCCUAACAAACACUGAGGGUGCACGCAACUGGAAUGAUAAUCCCAAGGAAUAUGCCGAGGGAUUUAUCAAUGUAUUUUCUAAGGGAGUCGAAGAGAUGGAAAUUAUUAUUUCUGCAUUGAACAAUGCUGACGAUUAUGUAAGGAGCAAACAUAAAUCUCACGUGGACCAGUUUAUCAUGAUAGUUUUGCAUUUUUUGGUGCCGUUUACGAGAUUGCAGCCUGACCUCCCUGACUGCCAGCGGCACACAGUGAAAAAAGCAAUGUAUACGCUAGUUAAGAAGGGUCUCAGGAAUUCCCGAGGUUCGACUCCUUUGCAAGUCGCUUGCUCCCCAGAAUUUGAGGAAAUUGAAGAUCCGGAUCUGCCUAUGUCUGCCACUCCCAGAGCGGAAGUCGUGAACCUUCUGCUAGAGACUGGCUCUGAUCCCAGUGCCACAGACAACGAAGGUAACACACCUCUCCACGCAAUUGCCAAGAACGAAGAGUGUCCCAAAGGCAUAGUAGACGCCCUCUUGUCAAGAGGGGCUCACUUAGAUGCUAGGAAUGGUCAGGGCCAAACGUUCGCAUCCUUGAGAGCUGACCAAGGGCAGCCAGUUUCUGAGUUAGUAAAUGUUGUUCGUCACACCUCUUUGCAGUGCCUGGCUGCAGCGUGUAUUAAGAGUCAGGGUAUUUCUUACAAGGGCAUCUUGCAUCCUCGACUUGAGCAGUUUGUUGACAUGCACUGA